CUUUGUCGAGGCAGAGGAGGUCCGAGGGGCGAAGAUGAGUCUGCUCCGGACGCGCAGCAAGACUGUGGCGCGUCUGCCGACGCGCCGGACCUCAAAUUAUGAUCAGCGCCGGCUUGGUAAGCCGCGGGGAGGAGCAGCAGGGAGGGAAUGCUCUGUGCAUCAUAUUAGCGAGGCAGGCACCGCACUGGCAGACAGAUAGGCUGGGCGUGCACGCGUCCUCCCCUCUCCCUUUCCCCAUCGUGUGUUGUGUUGGCUUGUGUGUGUGUUGUGCAGGUCGUUACCCGGUGCCGUCUGAGGACGUGGUGUGGUGGGAGAACCGUUUCCAAGUGCCGGGCGGCCAGUGGGAGCACGUGGUGAGCCCGUUCCAGCUGAAGCUGUGGUUCGACUGGGCCCAGAAGUUCCCCGUCCGCUGGUACAGCCGCCUCAGCGUGUGGUUCUGGCAGUGGACAUACCCCGCCAUCAUCUUCUACGGCGGCUACUUCAAGUGCUGCUACGAGGUCGACCAGUCCAUCAAGGCCAAGUUCUGGUACUAAUCGACACACAUACCGACAGACACGCACAUACACAGACAGAGGGAGGGCUCUGUGCAUCGGAACGUGGCUCUGGUUUUUUGCUUUUGGCCGUGGCGUGAGAGAGAGGGUGGGGUGGGGUGCCGUCGGAGUGGUGUGUCGUGAGAUGGCUGGGUGUCUGGUGUUUCAAUGCCCAUGUUUGGGCGUGACUGGUUUGUAUGGCGCAUCGAUGUGUGUGGUCAAUUUGACCCCGGCGAGCAUCGACAACCGUUGCGGUCUGCACCGGCUGCUUCGGCUGACGAUGGUGGGCGGCGAAGGAUUGACCACCCAUGUGACGAUGCCUUGGAGUCACACAGAUGGAAGUGUGUGUGUCUGUAUGCACCCCGUAUCACGGCCAUCUGUCUGUGGGUGGGAUCGGUGGCAAACAGGCUGAUCUCGAUCAUGCGGCUGACUGGCUGGAUGUGCGUGAGGUGUUGCCGGCUCGAGACUCUCUGUAGUGAACCAAUGGGGAGAUGUAGGCGUAGUGGGCCUCUCGUGUAUGUCGCUCGAUGUGCAAAUGUUUGAUGCGGACACACGAGCGGUGGAUGAAGCGACGCUGUGCGUGGAUCAGAAGAAAA